UCACGUAUGUUUGAAUUACAUGUGCCAUACAACUAACCCUUGACUUCCCUUUCUCUCUAAAUUAUUCUCUAUAUAAUAACCAUUUUUCUUCAUAGUUUUCCUAUAAUUCAAACAUUUAUGUUCCCUUCAACACUUCUACUAUAGAGUUCAAAAAGCUCUAUAUAGGUAGAUAACACCUUAAAGCAAAACACCAACUGAAAAAUACACCAAACCACUUUCUUUUCUCCUCUUUUCCAUUCUUUUUGCGUGGUUUGAAGGGCACACACUAACUAUAUCUCAAAUAGAAACUGAGAAGGUAGUUGGUUUCACUAAUAGAACAUCAUGCAUAUAGAAGCCCCAGAAAAUUAUGGCCCCGAAGACAAAAACUUCGACGACGAUGGACGAGCCAAGAGAACUGGGACAUGGUUAACUGCUAGUGCACAUAUUAUAACGGCUGUGAUUGGUUCUGGAGUUCUAUCACUAGCAUGGGCAAUAGCACAAAUGGGUUGGGUAGCUGGUCCUGCAGUUCUCUUUGCAUUUUCUUUCAUUACCUAUUUCACUUCCACUCUUCUUGCUGAUUGUUACCGUUCACCUGAUCCUGUUCAUGGCAAGAGAAACUACACUUACACUGAAGUUGUCAGAGCUAACCUAGGAGGCAGAAAAUUUCAGCUAUGUGGAUUGGCUCAGUAUAUAAAUCUUGUAGGUGUGACCAUCGGCUACACAAUAACUGCAUCAAUUAGUAUGGUGGCUGUACAAAGAUCAAACUGCUUUCACAAGCAUGGACAUCAAGACAAGUGCUAUGUCUCAAAUAACCCUUUCAUGAUCAUUUUUGCUUGCAUUCAAAUUGUUCUUUGCCAGAUACCCAAUUUCCAUGAGCUCUCUUGGCUCUCAAUUGUUGCAGCAGUUAUGUCUUUUGCUUACUCUUCCAUUGGCCUUGGCCUUUCCGUAGCCAAAGUUGCAGGUGGGGGAAAUCAUGUGACAACAUCCUUAACUGGUGUGCAAAUUGGGGUAGAUGUUACUGCAACAGAAAAGGUGUGGAGGAUGUUCCAAGCUAUUGGUGACAUUGCAUUUGCCUAUGCAUUUUCUAAUGUGCUCAUUGAGAUCCAGGAUACUUUGAAAUCAAGCCCUCCAGAAAACAGAGUUAUGAAGAGAGCAAGUUUAAUUGGAAUUUUGACAACAACAUUAUUUUAUGUGCUAUGUGGAACCUUAGGUUAUGCUGCAUUUGGAAAUGAUGCACCAGGAAAUUUUCUCACAGGAUUUGGCUUCUAUGAGCCCUUUUGGCUAAUAGACUUUGCCAAUGUUUGCAUUGCAGUUCACUUAAUUGGUGCAUACCAGGUCUUUGUCCAACCCAUAUUUGGCUUUGUUGAGGGCCAAAGCAAACAAAAAUGGCCAGACAGCAAAUUUGUGAAUGGAGAACAUGCCAUGAAUAUUCCACUAUAUGGAAGCUAUAAUGUGAAUUACUUUAGAGUAAUAUGGAGGAGUUGUUAUGUGAUUAUCACUGCUAUCAUUGCCAUGUUAUUCCCAUUCUUCAAUGAUUUCUUGGGACUAAUUGGUUCACUAUCUUUCUAUCCAUUAACAGUUUACUUCCCUAUAGAGAUGUACAUUAAGAAAACCAACAUGCCAAAAUAUUCAUUCACAUGGACUUGGCUUAAGAUAUUAAGUUGGCUAUGUUUGGUCAUUUCUAUUAUCUCAGCUGCUGGAUCAAUUCAAGGACUUGCAACAUCACUCAAGACAUAUAAACCCUUCAGAGGAGAACAAUGAUACUUUGUUAAUUUUCUAGUGGAAUGCUAUUUUUUUUUCUUUGCCAAUGUUUUUUCUUGUCUUAAAUAAGUUACUUACUAGAAGUCCAAUCCAAGUAUAUUGUACCAUUAUGAUCAAGUGCUUAUUGAUAGUGGAAAAAUUCAACACCUACAAGGAGUACAAUAUUAAUGUAGUGAACAAUAAUCCCAAAAAUGGUUGUAAAUUAAACUAUAACCUUUCUUAUUCAGUAGAGGCUUCAUUUAA